AUGUCCACAAUCACAAAAACAGUCCCGAGCACGGGCAUAGACCUCGCCUCCCUCAACGCCGCAAGCGCCGACCCCGAAUCCCGCUCCUUCUCCUCCUCCGAGCUCAACGACCCUUACAACCUGGGCACGCACAUCAAGUCCGAAACCGACAUCGGCCUGCUCAGCACCCGCCCAGCCUCCAACGCGGCCCGCAGGCGCAUCCACCACAACUUCACCCGCGGCGGCGCCAAGGAGGCCAAGCUGCAGGACUUCUACCGCACGCAGAACACAAAGAUCCGCGCCCUGCUCAAGUCCGUCGACGAGCACGAGCGCGAGGCCAAAGAGACGCAGGGCGACAACAACGUCAAGUACCAGAUCGCCGUCAAGGGCAGUCUGGCCGCGAAUGUCGUGCUGUCGGCCCUGCAGCUGUACGCGGCCAUCUCGUCCGGCUCGCUGUCGCUGUUCACGACGAUGGCCGACUCUGUGUUCGAUCCGCUGUCUGGGAUUAUGCUCAUGCUCUCGCACCGCGCGGUGAAGAAGGUUGACACGCAGAAGUACCCGUCUGGUCGGGCGCGUAUCUCGACGGCGGGGAAUAUUGUGUUUUCGUUCAUCAUGUUCAGCGUGAGUUUGGUGCUGAUUGUGAUGUCUGCGAGGGAUCUGGCGGCGGGCUCGGACACGGAGACGAAUGAGUUUAAUUUAACCAGUGUGAUUGCUGUGGCGAUUGCGUUUGGUACCAAGUUUUGUCUCUUCCUUUACUGCUGGUCCAUCAAGCACAUCUACUCCCAGGUCGAGAUCCUCUGGCGCGACCACCGCAACGACCUCUUCAUCAACGGCUUCGGUAUCUUCACCUUCUCCGCGGGCAGCAAGAUCAAGUGGUGGAUCGACCCGAUGGGCGCCAUCAUCCUCUCGUUCCUUAUCGCCGGACUCUGGCUGCGGACUGCUUAUGAGGAGUUCCAGCUGCUAAUUGGUGUUUCUGCGGAGCCUGAGUUCCUGCAGCUCAUCACUUACAUCGCGAUGACACACUCCCCCGACGUCAAGCAAAUUGACACUGUCCGCGCGUACCACAGUGGCCCGCGCUACAUUGUCGAGAUCGAUAUCGUCAUGGACCGCCACGAGAAGUUGGAGAUUGCGCACGACGUGGCUGAGGCGCUGCAGAUCAAGAUUGAGAAGCUUCCUGGCGUCGAGAGGGCGUAUGUCCACAUUGACUACGAGACUAGUCACAAGCCGGAGCAUGACUUGAAGAAAAACCUGUGA